CAGAUUAACUCCAUUCAUUCCACAUCUUUCUUAUCUCUCAAAAGACCAAAUAGAACAUGGCUCUAACUCUUCAUUCUUCAACCUCUUUCAUAAACUUCAGGGAUACCAGAAAUUUCAAAUCUAUUGAAGAUUUCUCCAACAACGUUUGUUUUGCACAAAUCAAGAGAGUUUUUCGUAUCCAAGCAAAGAGCUCAGUGCAAGAAGCUCAACUCUCAUAUGACAGAACCUUCAAUUUCGAAGACCAAAGGGACACACAAAAGGAGAAGCUUCACAAGCAGCUGCCUGAUACCCAUGGAAAAAAUGAUUCAAGGGUCCCUGUGUUUGUCAUGUUGCCUCUGGACACAAUCUCAUUUGGGGGAAACAUGAGCAAGCCAAGAGCAAUGAAUGCCAGUUUAAUGGCCUUCAAAAGUGCAGGAGUAGAAGGAGUCAUGGUUGAUGUUUGGUGGGGUUUGGUUGAAAAAGAUGGGCCUAUGAAGUAUAACUGGGAAGGAUAUACUGAGCUUAUAAAGAUGGUGCAGAAGCAUGGGUUGAAGCUUCAAGUUGUUAUGUCCUUCCAUCAGUGUGGAGGAAACGUAGGAGAUUCAUGCAGCAUUCCUUUGCCACCAUGGGUUCUAGAAGAAAUCAGCAAGAAUCCCGAUCUUGUCUAUACAGACCGAUCAGGCAGGAGAAACCCUGAGUACAUCUCUUUGGGUUGUGAUUCACUACCAGUACUCAGAGGAAGAACACCUAUUCAGGUUUACUCAGAUUACAUGAGAAGCUUCCGUGACACAUUUAGGGAUUACUUGGGCGAGCCUAUUGUGGAAAUUCAAGUGGGAAUGGGUCCUUGUGGAGAACUUAGGUAUCCAUCAUAUCCAGAAAGCAAUGGGACUUGGAAGUUUCCUGGAAUUGGAGAAUUCCAAUGCUAUGACAAGUAUAUGAGGACUUCCUUGCAAGCAUCUGCAGAGGCAAUAGGAAAUGAAGCCUGGGGAAAAAGUGGACCACAUGACUCUGGUCAGUACAAACAAUUCCCAGAGGAAACUGGUUUUUUCAGGAAAGAUGGAACGUGGAGCAAUGAGUAUGGCCAGUUCUUCUUAUCGUGGUAUUCCCAAAUGCUGCUAGAACAUGGCGAUAGAAUCCUCUCAUCAUCAAAAGCAAUAUUCCAGGGAACUGAAGUAAAACUAUCUGGAAAAGUGGCUGGGAUUCAUUGGCACUACAAAACAAGGUCCCAUGCAGCUGAACUAACUGCCGGAUACUACAAUACCAGACACAGGGAUGGUUACUUACCGAUUGCACAAAUGAUGGGUAAGCAUGGAGUUGUGUUCAACUUCACAUGCAUGGAGAUGAGAGAUGCACAACAGCCUGAUAAUGCAAACUGCUCUCCCGAAGGACUGGUUCAACAAGUAAAGAUGGCAACAAGAACUGCAGAAAUUGGACUUGCUGGAGAGAAUGCAUUGGAAAGGUAUGAUGCAGGUGCAUAUUCACAAGUUCUCUCCACAAGUAGAUCGGAAUCUGGGAAUGGAUUAACUGCAUUUACAUACCUAAGAAUGAACAAACAGCUAUUUGAAGGAGAUAACUGGAGGCAAUUUGUGGAGUUUGUGAAAAGCAUGUCGGAAGGUGGUCGGAACACAAGACUUUCAGAAAGCGAUACGCGUGGCACAAACUUUUAUGUCGGGUUCAUCAAACAGAAAAGCACAAAGACUAAGGAAGCAGCUCUUGUUUAGAGAUGUGUAAUAAAUAGUUUAUGUAUAGUUGUACCUUAUAUAGUUGUACCUUAAGAGAACACACAGAUAAACAGAAAACAAAUAUAUGAGGAAAUUUGUUCUUAUUGGUGAAUCUACACCAUCUAGAAGAAAAUUUAAACAUAGUGAUUAUUUAUUCUAUUAAAAAAUAUAUAAAUCUCUCUAUCAUUCCAUGA